GCUUUUAUUUUUUUAUUUUGUUGUUAACCUUUAAUUUUAUAUCUUAUGGAGUGGUAGUGUAAGAGGGCGAAUAUAGUCACUGUUUAAUUUUCCCUUCCCGGGGAAAUUAUUUCUAUGGCUAAAGGUCGGAAAUUGACGACGAGUCGAAGCGAGCGUUUUCUCGGCAGCUAUGGCUACAGUCGUAGCCAAGACUCAACCGGGACCGACUCGUCGGAACUGGGGGAAGAAGAUGUGUGGCCGAUGGCGGAUAGCGAGGAGACGAACCGGGGAGAUUCCGGCGAGGAGAAUUCGUCGGCCGGGGACGAUGGCGGGGCUAAGGGAGGCAUCCCGGUGAGGAGGGCUCCUCGGGAUACACAACACGUAGGCGGGCUGUCGUUGGCUUUCGAAGAUCCGGGGAGAAUGACGUCGGCGAGAAUCGUGCACCAGUUUCGCGGGCAGGACAGCGUGGCGUCUCCACGAGGGCGCCAGAUGGCUACGUCAGCGCCAGUGAACGUGCCGGAUUGGAGCAAGAUUCUCCGAGUUGACUCGGUGGACUCGCUCCACGAGUUGGACGACUCGCUGGACGACCGGGACUCGGAGAUCGUUCCGCCGCACGAGUACCUGGCGAGAAGCCGAAAGCGGGACGCCACUUCCGUUUUCGUCGGAGUCGGGCGGACGCUGAAGGGGCGGGACAUGAGACGGGUCCGGGAUGCAGUUUGGAGCCAGACCGGAUUCGACGGUUAAUUCAAAUCAAAUCAAAUUAAAUCGUUGUUAGGAAGGAGUAAGGAGAUCAAUGAUGAUUAAAUCCAGAGAUGAAGAUCAACCGAGAAUUAACUUAAUAUUUGUGAAAAUGGGACGGAUUAAUUUUCCUUGGCCGCAGUUGACCCGGCAGCAGCACGUCCCAGAUUCCGAAUCAUGGUUAAAAGAAAUUUGUCCGAUUGGCCGGGCGGCGUCCGUAAUGAAAUUUGAAAAUCAACCCCUCUUUUCAGUGUGUUGUAAUGAGUCCCAACCCAAUUUGGUAAUUUAGUUGCGGCCAUUGAAAUACUAAAUUUUACACAUAAUCUCCUCACUUGAAUUGCAAUCAAUGAAACAGUAGAGACCGAAUUAGUUGGUAAA